AUGAAAGAUUCUAAAGAGGAAAAUAAGAAUAGUCUCAAUUUAACAAACAAAACAAAAGAUGAAUUAAAAAAUGAAAUAAUUAACUACACAGUAUUUAACAUGUGUAUUUCACUUUUAUCAGGAGUACAAAUAAAAUGUUUAGAUAAAAAAGAGAAAGAUAAAAAUGAAAAUAAUGAAACAUGUUUUAAACACAUUCCAACUAUAUAUAAUCCAUUUAAAAAUUGUUAUUUAGAAGAUUGGGAAAUAUUUAAUAUAUUACCUAAAAAGGCUUUUCAUAGUGAAAAUGUAUAUAAUGUUGUUUCUUUUUAUAAAAACAAAACAAAAUAA